AUGGCUCUUGAUACCAGGAAAGGGAAACAAAAUUUCGAAAAUUCUAAGAUUAGAAGUGGGGCAACAAUCCAUAACCCACAUCCUGGCUCUGUUCCCUCCAUAGGAGGAACUGCAUACUCCUUCAUCCAUGAAGGUGAUGGUGAUCAGAGCUUUGCUGGUGCUGACAUUCAGAGUGGAGUCCAAGAGGUGAAGAAUGAAAAGGAGGAAGAUGGUACUAAGGAUUUAUGGGCACAGUUGCAGAAAAUAGGUGUUGAAGAUGAUUCCUUGGGCGUUGUAUACUGGUACCUUUUUAACAAUCCUACUGCUUUGAAAGGUUUUAAUGGUGUUCCAAUUCAUCAGCGCAAGAACAUGUUACCUAUCAUUGUGCCAAACUAUCAACCCAAGGGAUCGGAUCGGAAUGUUAAGAUAACAUAGAGACUUUUAAAGAAGUUCACAUCAAGAAGUGCUAUGAAUAAAACUUGGUGUAACCUUUGUCUCUUCUGCAUGUUCAAGCCAGGGGUUCUUAAUGAACUUCUUUUGGAUGUAUCUUAUUAUCACAAAAUUCACUUUUUAUAUUGAAAGUGAUAUUCAAAUAAAAAAGCAGAAUUUACGUUUUUAUUA